AUUCAUAAUACUGGGAUUUUUUCUGUAAUAAAUAAUAUAUUUCAUCAAAUUGUUAAAUAAUAAAUUCAUAAAUGCAGUAGUAUAUUUACCUUUACAAUUCACAGUGAUUUUUUGGUAGCAAAAGUACAUUUUAGGAACAUGGAAGCUAAUGAACCAACUCCAGAAGCAUUACAGAGGAAACUGUACUUUUUACUUGAGCAACUUCAAGAUAUGGCUCGCGAAUUACCACCGAAAUACCAAAUGAGAGUACCUAUUGAACUACUAUCUGGAUUAGCAAACUGUCUUCUAAACGAUACUGUUUUUGAAAUAGUUAAAGGACUUAUGGAAAUUCAACAUGUAACUGAAAAACAUUUGUUUCAACAAAGACAACAGAUUAUAAAUAAACAUGCAUUGGAAAUUCAAAAUAUGAUCAACACUACACCAAAUCCGGAGCAACAAGAACUUCAGAAAACAUUGUUGGCAUCAAGACAUAAAGAAGAGUUGAGACACACAGAUAUGAAAUUAGUUCUUCAAUUAGAUCAAAAAGUGAGCGACCAACAAGUGACUUUAGAAAAGGCUGGAGUGCCAGGCUUCUUUGUCACCAAUAAACCAAUAGAAGUCAAAGUACAGAUGCACCUAUUAGAUUUUAUUCUUAGACUAAGCAAUAUGGAUAUUCCACAUUAAUAAAAAAAUAUUAUUACAACUUUUAUCCCUGAAAGGGUAGGUAUAAGUGCAGUGGCGUAACUAUAUCGUUCAGGGCCUGGGGUAUCUAUCUAUCUAUGGGUCCCAUUAAAAACAAAAGUUCAGAUAAAAACCUUUCAGCUACGGGCCUGUGGCAUUUAGCCUACUUGCCACCCUGUAGUUACGCCACUUAUAAGUGGAUGUUAUGGUAUUUAAUACCACUACAAUGUACACCCACUUUACACCAUUUAUAGGUUCCAUGUAAUAGUGGUUGAGUGUAUUGCGGACACAUUUCCAGACUCCAUAGUCCGGAAAUGUGUCUGCUACUGGGAAAUCUAAAAGAAACCAGUAUCAAUUUUUUCCGUCCUGGGAAUUGACCCCGCGACCCCUUGCCGGUAGUCACACUUACGAUCACACGACGAACGAGGAAGUCAUUGCUUACACAUUAAUUUAUUGUUAUAUUAUAAUAAAAGUAUGUGAAAAGCC